GCACCAUCCCAAUUCAAGCUCCCCAAAGUCCAAAACAUAAGUGACCAACCCAUACGUCACCACCACCAUCACCAUGGCCCCUCCCACAACAGCAAUCGUCCUCGUCGACCCCUACAACGAAUUCCUCCACCACGAGGGCAAAAUCUAUCCGUCCGUGAAGGAAUCUCUCGAGGCGACGGGCACAAACGACAACCUGCGCACCCUCGUCGCCGCGGCCCGCAAGCAGAAGAUUCCCAUCUUUUACGCCCUGCACCAGACGUGGAAGGAGGGAAACUAUGCCGGGUGGACGCACCUCACGCCAUCGCAUAAACAUAUCGCGGCCGGUCAGGGCAUCGCGGAGGGCAGCUGGGGUGCGGAGAUCUUGGAGGGGCUAGAGCCGGAUGUUGUGGGGAACCGGGACGUUGUUGCGAGCCGGCAUUGGAAUAACAGCGGAUUUGCCAAUACCGAUUUGAACUAUCAAUUGCGACAGAGGGGUGUUUCGCACCUCGUCAUGGCGGGCAUGAUUGCCAACACCUGUCUCGAAUCCACGGCGCGGGACGCGAGAGAGCUUGGCUUCCAUGUUACCCUUUUGUCCGAUGCGACUGCUGGCUUCAGCACUGAGGUGAAGGAUGCCGCGACGAACCUCAUCUGGCCGUUGAUUGUGGAAAAUGUCACGACGGUUGGAGACUGGGUUCGCGAGAGUGAGUCCAAGGCCUGAGGUAGUCGCACAGCCUGAUACGUGGGUUUGGUAUGAUAAAAUAUGCAGUGAUGAGCUAGCAAAACAACUGCAAUAAGACGCCAUUCUCAUAGGUACCCCGUGUUCG